CCCUUAAAAGUUAUCUUUGACAAAAAUCAACAGUUAGAUAUUCUGACAAGAGCACACAAAGGAUUAGGGCACAGAGGAGAACAAGCGGUGUUUGAAACUAUCCGGAUCAGGUUUUUUUGGCCGCAUAUGUUCAAUGACGUGCGUCACCAUGUGCGAUCAUGUCAUGAAUGCCAAAUCAGAAGCACUAGAAGAGUUGAAGUGCCUUUGACAAUAUCAACACCUAGUACGGUCUGGAGUAAGAUUUAUGUUGACAUAAUGCUCAUGCCGCUUGCUAAAGGAUACAGAUAUAUUGUAGCAGCCAGAGACAAUUUAUCUAGAGCCUCAGAAGGACAGGCCUUGCGUAGGGCAGACUCUAAGACACUGAUGAAAUUCUUCUGGGAACAAAUC